AUGUAAUAAACAUGCAUUUUUUCAUAUAUAUAUAAAUAUAGACUACUACGUAAGGUACAGGUCGACAAUGUCACGUGAUCAGUUUGGUAUUUAGGUUCAAUUUAACUUCCUGGUUUGCAUUAUACGUCUGUUGGAGUUUGCUGAUAGAAUGGGGACUUUUGGUUCCCGAAAUUUGGCUCUACUUGGAUGUUCCUUUUUCAUACUUUCUGUCUUCAUAGGGUCGACGGAAGCAUGGACUGGGAGGGUUUGCAGUAGAUCGGUGCGUGCGACCCGUUGGGAGACAUACUGCUACUACUGGUCAGGGAGAUACUGUUGCGGAUACAAACGAAGGAUAGUGACCUACUACAAAACACAGAACUAUUGUUGUGGCGGGUGGCAGGAAACCAGUCCUGGCAAUCACAAUUGCAACAAGCCCGUGUGUAGGCCGUAUUGUUUCAAUAGAGGGACAUGCACCAGUCCAGACUAUUGUACCUGUCCAGACGGACACACGGGACGACUGUGUGAAGACAAGGAAUGUGCAUCGCAUCUAAAACCUUGUUAUCCUGGAUGGUGUGACAAUAAUAACUGCAAAUGCUUCGGUGGGUUUGGAAAUACCGGUUGUAUAGAAGUGAUAUCGCCCACGUAUAAACCAAUCAUCGACAGUUGCCAAACAGUUUUCUCAUUAUUCGACCGUGUAUUAGAUAUGAAGAGGUACCAGUACACAGUUGAUGCCACGGGAAAGAAUGAAACAGAAAUCCUUUGGGUGAAUCAGAAUGAUUACAACAUGCUCAACAUGACAUUCGACGUAUCCAUGGAUUGGCAGUCGCUCAAGGAAUUCCUACCCAUGAUGCCAGAUUACAUUGGCGAGUAUACGAUUGGAGUCAUUAGCGCCAUGGUGGACACUGCCUAUUCACGAUUACCGUUACCAGGUCAGACCGAGAGAGAAGUUGUAACAGAGGGAGCAGAAACUUACAAGUGCCAAGGGUUAUCGAACCUUAAUCCAGUCACAAACGAUCAGCUGAAAUGCCGACUUAAUGAAAACAGCUUUCAACUAGCAAUACGUUCAGGAGACUGGUUUACCUUCACAUUUUCCGCUAAGACGGGAGGGUUCCGAAGGCUGAUCAAUACAAAUAAUAACCAACCAUAUGCAACACAGAAUUACACUGGAAAUAUUCAAACUGUCAAAGUGAUGCAAUUCAAGUUUGAUUUUGAAGUUCCUGAACACUGCAGUACAUCAUGCCCAACACAGCCUCCUUUGGAAAUACUGAGCGAUAUAACGAAGGAGCCUAUCAAUGCCCGUUGGUCCGGUUGGUCAGACGGCCUCAGCGGGGUGGCUGAUUACACGCUAGAAGUCUUUAAGCUGAGUCCUAAUCAAUUCUCCAAAGUUCUAGAGGAGGCUCGCCCACUUGAUCCUGUAAAAUUGUUUAGAAUGAACCACACCAAUUUCGGUUUAGAGUACACUAAAAUCUACACCCCGCCCGAAGCCGGUAUGUACAGUUUGAUUUUAGAGAUACGGGAUUUAGCCAAUAAUACUGUCUAUGUCAGGAGAUUCGCCUUGUAUGACCCUGUGUCAGACAUAACGGUCAGCAGUGACCAUCAACUGGCAGUAGUGUCUGCUGAAGCAGACACGAAAUAUGGGUGGCAGUCAUUCUACGGUGAUUCUUCUGAUCAAGGAACCAUUAUAAAUGUAUCAUGGAAAGAUUACUUCGUAAACAAAUUCCAUGAAGACAAUUUCCUACUUAAUCCCAUCGAUCCUUAUCCUCCUCAACUGGACGACGGCGGUCGACGUGGAGAAGGAUACAAGAAGAUAUUAGAGGAGUUUGAGGAUAAAGAAGGAGAGAGACAGACGACGAAGAUUCCUAAUGCUCGAGGAAUCGUCAGAUUUGACAUCGUUUCUGAUUAUGCAGGCGAUGGCGGAUCGUCGCUUGUGACUCCACCAAAUACCUGGCGCACAGUGGAUGGUAUUAAAGACGGGGAUACGGAGAGUUUUGCUGCCGGUGCUAUUACGGAUGGAAUCACUGUUAAGGUUUGGGUUCGAGCCUCCGACGCGAUGGGUAACACUAGGACGGAAUCAACACUAGUUAGUUUUGACAUGUCUCACCCCGAGGUCAUCACAGCUCCUUCAAUGCAAACCAAUAUCGCAAAGGGAGCGUUUCCGUUUUCUAGUCGCAUUAAUGUAGGAUGCCGGGACGUAGAAAGUGGAGUGUACAAAAUACAUUGGAGACUCCGAAUGGCUAACAACAGGUCAUUUGUGAAAAUGGAAGGGGAUGCAAUAAAUCCAGUGCAAACAAGUGCUUGCACUAAUGACUGCUACAGGACUAGAAUAGAUGAAUGGUAUAAUCGUAGUAUUGAGUUUGAUAUCAACCACUGCUGGAUGAGGGUCCCUAAGGAAAAUCUCGACACUCAGGUGAUGGAGGUGGAGAUGAAGAUAUUUAACUCGGCGAUGCUUUCAGUAACUGAGGUUAUGACGAUUAGAAGCAUCAGAAAUUUCACUGGUAUUGAAGACUAUUUUGGACCAAUGAAUAUUCAGAUGACGAGACAGUCCGAGACUGGUGUUAGUUUAUCAUGGGACCACGCCCCUUCCUGUUAUGCACGCAACACAAUUCUCGUUGUCGUCGUGAUGCCGGACAAUAGCAAUAAAACCCUGAGAGCGGACAGAGACGCUGACCGAUUUGACAUCACUGGAUUGGUGGAGAAUACGCAGUAUCCAGUUAAACUUUACACCGUCUACAUCAUCGAUGACGAGACCGAAAAGACCACUUUAAGCCAGGUGUCUACCUACACCAUAAAGACAGCACCAAAACCAGAGGACAAAGGCUUAUCUGGCGGUGCAAUAGCUGGCAUUGUGAUCGUGAUUCUGCUGCUAAUAGUCAUUGCCAUCGGUAUUGUUCUGUUAUGGAGGACUGGGAAACUUCAAGUGAUGUUGGAGCGAAUAAGAAGCAGACGGGGUCAAGAGGAAGCUCCUUCUAUUAGUUUCAGUAACGAACCAUACAUGAGGAAAAAGUCCCAUUUUGGCAGAGGAGAAAAGAACAAGGCAUAUUCCAGAACCUUUGAUGAUGACAUGAUAUACUAUGGCGAGGUUGAUCUUUCUAAGCAGCCAUGGACACUCUCGCGAAAGGAUAUCUCACUUGAGGAACAAAUAAAGUCAGGUCGUUUUGCCACUAUCUUUAAGGCGAAAAUGUUUUCCAGUCAACAGAGGGAUGCCGAUAACGUGGUGGUGAAAACAUUGAAAGGGGAUUACACCGAAAAGGACCUGACGUUGAUGAAGGCUAAAAUUACUUUUUAUGGGUCUGAAGUUGGUAACCAUCCAAAUGUCCUCAAGUUUAUCGGGGCCGUCGACGACAUCGCACUGGGUCCGUUCAUGGUAUUGGAAUACUGUGAAAAUGGCACAAUGAAAGACUACCUAACAAGUCAUAAAGACCGUGUGGAUGAACAGAUGCACGAACGGCUCUUCAAAUUCACCUUUGACAUCUCCAAAGGCAUGGAAUACUUGGCCAACAAGAAGAUUGUCCAUCGUAGAUUGGCAGCCAGAAACAUCCUCCUUACGUUCCUCCAUGAGGCAAAGAUAUCCGGCUUUGGACCAGUACCCAAUGAGGCUGAUGAUGGUGCAAAAGAGGAGCGGAUCCCCGUUAAAUGGUUACCACCAGAGUGUAUCGAAGAAAGCUCCACCCGGUACGCCAAUGAAAAGUCCGACGUGUGGUCCUAUGGUAUUGUGAUGUGGGAAAUCUUUACACUCGGUGACGUCCCCUUCCCGGAUAUCCGGUCAGCGAGUUUACUUUCACACCUGAAGAAGGGAGAUAGACCACCGAAACCGGAAUACGCCGAUCAAAAAAUGUAUGGCCUGAUGAAGAAAUGCUGGAAUGAAACUCCAAAGAAAAGGCCGUCUUUUGCCAAAGUACGUGCAGAACUUGAGACACUGUUCGUGUCAUCGGGCGGUGACGAGUUUUACUACGACAACAAAUUCAUCUAUGAUAACAAAGUAUAGAAAAUGCAGAAAAUAUGUUGAUUUUAAAAAUAAUAACAGGAGAAUAUUUCAACACAUUGAGAAAGCACCCCAUUAUCUCGUGAUAAAUCGCCAUGAAUAUCAUAAACUUUCAUAAACCUAUCAACUUUGCGAUACAGGCGCUUCUCUCUCUAAUCAUGCAGGAAAUAGUGGGGUGUUUUCGGAAAUAAUGAAAAAUCGGAUAAGAAUCCUUAAAUCGCUUUUAACUAAAGCGAACUGAUUUUAUUUGACUUAAUUGUGUUUAAAUGUUUCCACCAGAAAGACUUUAUGCGUUCCAAUCAUGCCAAAAUAUGGUAAGCCGCGAGCUAUAAGAUUUAAUCGUCUUUCCUAUUAAGGGAUUUAUCCCCUUCCCUUACGUGCUUAAUUUCACUUCUGUGAAAAAGUUGUUUAUUUCCAUUAUUUGCUAUUUCAUUUGUUUUAUUUCCAUUAUGUGCUAUUUCAU